AUGGGGAAGAUGCGGCUGUCGGCGGCGACUGUGGCCGCGGGAAAAGGCAACGUUGGCUGCCGGUGGCGGCUAUGGACGCGGGGGAAGUGUAACCCUGGAACACGAGUCGGCAGAUGGCAGCCCGGGUGGGCCUAUUUGUUACAAUUCUCCUCGCCAAAUUCCAAAAGCUUCUACUUCGAAGCUAUGCAGAAGCGACGCCGAGCAGAGGUCGGCGGCGGAAACGUAGCGGGUGACAGUAAAUGGUCGGAGCUGACGGCGGAAGUGCUCGCGUCCAUAUUUUCACUGAUCCCGACGGACGAGUUGGCGAGGACGAUGUCGUUCGUCUGCCGCUCUUGGCGGGACGUACUCGCGGAGCCCUACUGCUGGUCUAUCGUCAACUUGGAAGAUUGGUGCCGCCGCGUCGACCGCACCGACGUCAUCGAUUUCGUCGUCCGCCAUCUCGUGCGCCGCAGCCGGGGCACCAUCCGCCGCCUCUCCGUCUACCACCUCGGAGACUCCGGAUUCGUCCACGCCGCAUCUUGCAGAUCGCUCGGCGUGCUCGAAAUGCCAGUGAGUUUUGUGAGUGACAAAAUGGUAAAGAAGCACGAGAGUAUACUUGCUAAUCUCACUUUGCUGGACAUUAGUCACUGCGCCAACAUCACCGCCGGAGGCAUCGAGGUGCUCGGGAAGAACUGCAAGGCGUUGGUCGAUCUGAGGAGAAACAUGCCGCCGCCGGAGAUAACCCACGACGAUGAUCUACCUUCCCUGGUGGACGAAGGGGAAGCCAUGGCCGUGGCAAACAGCAUGGUUGGGCUUCGACAUCUCGAGCUUUCGUAUGGGAGGUUCAGCGAUAAAGGGUUGGUGGCGAUCUUGAGCAACUGCACCGCGCUUGCCUUUCUUGACAUCCGAGGUUGUUGGUGCGUUCGACUGGCAGGCGACGUCGAGCCGAUGUGUCAGAGAAUCGAAACCUUCUUCGAUCCUUGGGAGAAUCAUAUUUUCCUGGAGGAUGAUGAUUCGUCUGAAGAUGUGAUAGAGAUUUCUAGUGAUGAAGAAGAUGAAGCAUGA